AUGGGUGCUUGCGCUUCAACAGCAAACAGAAGGCCUAGGGCUAGGAAAAACCAUCCCCAAAGGUCGAGAAAACGUCAUGGCAAGGUCUCUGCCACAAAUACUGAUGGAUCUAAGGCUCGGAUUGGCAACAAUGGAAAACGAAUACCAGAUUAUUCCCAUGGCGAAUUUGUUAAGGUUGAUUUUGAGACGGCUGCGACAACUGGUCGAAAGUCUGAGGUUUCCAAUCUAACAUUCCAUCUAACCCAGUUACAAUGGCACCAUAGCCAGAUCGAUUCUAAUGGUAAAUUUCUUUGGGUGGGAACUAUUUCUUGAUUUUGAUUUGCUAAAAGGCAUUCUUUGUCUUUUAUUACUUCAAUGGCUAUAAAGCAUCUUCAUUAAAUCCAUAUUUGCUUUGAUUUAAGUGAUAAAAAUAUCUACCAUUGCCUCUCAGAUAACCUUUAAGGCCUAUGGCUAACUGAAAUUUAUUUUUUUAAUUACACUGAACUGACAGUUGAGACCUUUUCAUGCUGGAUUAAAAAUUACACAUAAAUAUGUAAAUCUUUAUUAGCAUGCCAUUUUGAACAUUUUAGGCAAAAUAUUAAUGAUUUUUAACCAAAUUUUCAUAUUGAAGGUAAUUUCAGAGGAUCACAGUUAUUCUAUAGGCCUUAAAAUUUAUGUUUCAUUUUAGAUGGAUAUUAUCUAAAAUGGGUAAGCUUGUAGGGGGGGUUAAAAUUGGAACACCCUAUUUUCAUAAGUUUAGUCGAAACAUUAUCUAAUUAUUAAGGAGUUCCAGGUUCUACGUGCUUGCAGUGAUAUGCCAAGAGGAAGUGUGGUUUGACUCUCUAAGCAUUUUGGAAUCCGAUUCUGAUGACGAUUUUAUCAGCGUACAUGGAGGUAUCAUGCAAAAUUUGGAAGCUUAGUACAGUACCUAUCUCAUAUAGUUUAUUUCAUAUACCUGACUUAGCACACCAAUGUUGUUCGUUGUAUGUAGACUGCUUUCCUUGUGUAAGCUCAAUGAAUAAUGUCCCAAGCACGCAAAUUGUUCAGUACGAAAGCCUGGUUGACGCGAUGUGUAAGUUUGAGGGCCUCUGUGAUAAAGCCCCUUUAGCUAUGACUGUUGAGCAUUAUUUGAAAGGGGAAGGAUGUAUACCCGAGAAGCACAUGACCAAAGAUGAACACAAAGAAACUGAAAUUCUUUCAGUUUUAAGUGCGCAGAACUAUGAAUUAACUCAUUUAGAAAAGGUGGAUGACGGUAGACUUAAAAAGUCAGAAGAUGAAGGUUGUACUACAAGGACAAAAGUAUUAAGCAACUCUUUCGGCACUGUCAACAUUCUGAAGCAAGAGAAAAAUGACAGAGAAGAAAAGAGCCAUGAGAAUAACUUGGAGCUUGUGACAGCAUCUCUAUUACCCCGAUUAGUUCCCACCGUCAGUUUUAAUGACAAAGUUCAGGCAAUGAGUCUAACAGCCUCACCUCUGAGGAAAAAGUCAGCAGUUAUCAGGCUUUCUUUCAAGCAAAGGUCUUAUGAGGGAGAUGAAACCACUUUCUGUAAGUUUAUCUCUUUAUUUCGUCUACUAGGAAGAAAGCAUUGAAAAUAUAUAUUUGAUUUCAUUUAUAAUCAUAUCCAGAGAAUUUUUUAAAACUGUUAGCUCAAAGCGUUCAUUGGUGUGAAGGGAACUGACUAAGAGGUCGCUUACAUAAUCCUCUAUCAAUUAUCUGGAAUUUCUUCCGCUGGAAAUCCGUUUUUAUUUUAUGGUUGUUAUCCUUGGAUGUACAGAAGUAGGUCUUUCGAUUACAUAUCAUAAUAAGUUAUUCCUUGGUCUUCAGUGUCUUCUUCUGGGUGUUUUUAUUAAACGUCGGGUCCGAGUUUCUUCUUUCUCAAAUAACAUGCCCUUUGGAUGGGGGGGGGUAAAAUAGCUCUAUUCUCGCAAGUUGAUGCUUUCGUCAAUCCUAUUUCAGCAUUGCCUUUUCUUUUUUAUUUUAGCAUCUCUCGCGUCUUUCUCAUAUCCUUCCCAACGUGAUGAUUUAAUUUUUCAUUUAGUUUCACCUUCCAUGAAAUAGUCCUCAGUCAAUCUGACCCAGGUUACCUAAAUUGUAUCUGCUACCUCAGACUUCUAGUCCAAUCUACUGUUUUUUUUCCAAGCCCUCUUUUUUUUCACACUAGUAAUCUCAUCGCAUAUGUUCUUCUCCAGUAAUUUAAAAAAUAUAUAUCCGUCAAGGAUAACCAUCAAAUGAUGUUGUCAUACUCCUAUUGUUUUCUUCUGUCACACCUCCCUUUUCUGUGGAAUAAUAUUUUUCUGAGGGCACAGGCCGCUUUAAUUCUAUUUGAUCUUGCAUAAUAAUGUAAACUAGUUUUUCUCCGAGCUCUUCUAUCUCCAGAAAUAGUCGAUGUGAACUAGGCAAUUAUUCGUACAUUUUCUGUUCGUGAAAGUUCAUUAAACAAAAGAUUUUUGCAUCUCUCUCUCUCUCUCUCUCUCUCUCUCUCUCUCUCUCUCUCUCUAAUCUCGUACUUCAAUGCUGAACAAUGCAGGAUCAUGAUUUCAGACUAUUCCUCUGUCAUGAGCUGAUUUCGUUAAAUUAGAUGAUACUUCUUUGAAAUCGGAAAUGUAGUCAUAUUUGUCUAUGAAAUUACUUCGACACCCGUCUAAAGAUUGCAUGCAUGCAUUUGAUUCCUCUGAAACUGAAAGUCCUCAUAAAUUACUCAUAAGGUUAAGAUUUAUUUUUUUUCACAUCAUAAAGAGGAAUUCUUUAGAAUCUCAGAUAGUCACAGACGAUGUGUUGGGACGUAUUUUCAUAAUUUUGAGCUCUUUUAUUUAUCAUAUUUCCUAGUUUGACCUUAUUCUGUACUUUUAACACGAUAAGGUGCUUCAAAGAGCUUCCUGUACCGUCCUAGAGGAGGACAUUUGAUACCGUGCUCAAUGGGAGAGAAGAUAACGCAAGGAUGCUGGUCUACUAUUGAACCAGCGGUUUUUAAACUACGUGGAGAGAGCUAUUUUAGGCAAGAUUUUUCUCCUCACGAGCUUCUUUUCUCGAUCUUUCGUUAUCCUAGAGCUUUCAGAAGAUAUUCACAUAAUGGUCUAAUACUGAAUCUAGAACGUCUUAUUUCUAGGGAUAAGAAGAAAUAUCCAGCUUCGAACCAAUCUCCUUAUCACCCAAUUGGCGUCGAUCUCUUUGUGUCCCGGCACAAGAUACAUCAUAUCGCCCAGCACGUUGAGCUUCCUCAUGUGAAGCCACAUGAGAAGGUCCCAUCUCUUCUGAUAGUCAACAUCCAGGUAAAAUUGCCAGCGGGUCAAACAGUGCAUGCACCAAUAAUCUCCAAAGUUAUAUGUUACCAUGCACCUAAUUUCAUUUUCUCCUUUGUGGCAGCUGCCCACUUAUCCUGCUGCCAUGUUUCUCGGUGAUAGUGACGGGGAAGGGAUGAGCCUGGUGCUAUAUUUUAAGGUCUCUGAAGGUUACGACAAGGAGAUCUCCACCAACUUCCAGGAGAUGAUCAGGGUAAACGUGUUAUUCUCGAUUCAUUUCGUUUCUUUGUGAGGGUAAACGUGUUAAGACAAGGAGCGUCAGCUUCUUGUGGUGCAUACAUAGUGCUUAUGUAGGGGAUGUGUUUCAGAAAUUUGUGGAAGAUGAAACCGAGAGAAUAAAGGGAUUUGCUAUGGAGUCUACCGUACCAUUUAGAGAGAGACUAAAAAUCAUGGUUGGUGUCACUAACCCAGAAGAGCUUCACCUCAGCGGUCCCGAAAGAAAGCUGCUGCAAGCAUACAAUGAAAAGCCAGUUCUUUCUCGCCCCCAACAUAAUUUCUACCGGGUAUGAAGUAGUCGCUCUUAUUGCUUACGAAAAUAAUUUUCCCCAGAUAAUAAUCACACCAGAGAGGAAAAUAACGAUCGGUACAUGAAAUAAUGCUCCUUUUUAUUUUUCUUGUAUUAUUCCUUACUGUAAUUCCUAGUUGUUUCUUUAGAUUCUGAACGCCUUCCUCCCUCUUCGUAGGAAACCAUCCUUGAAGAAAAAUAGCUUUGUGCUUUACCUGACAGUCUUCAGCUUCGUGCUUCUGCAACAGGGACCAAAUUACUUUGAGAUCGACUUAGACAUACAUCGGUUCAGCUACAUAGCGAGAAAGGGGCUCGAAGCAUUUCGGGAGCGACUCAGCAAUGGAAUACUUGAUCUGGGUUUGACAAUCCAGGUGAACCCCAAUGCCCUUCGAACAUCUGCAUUGCCAACCAUGGAAAUUUUCUUCUGAAUGCCCGAUUAGAGAAGCAGUUCCAGACCCUGAGCACCCUUUUAGAGCCCCCCAUUUCUCUUCUGUUCCUGAAUCUCCAUCCUGCUCGCUCGCCCCUUAAAGAUCUUGAUAACUCGGCCCUCUGGGGAUUUCAACUCGCUUACUCGUGCAGAGAUUUGAGUUUUAUCCAGGAUCUGAGAUUGCCGACGCUCUGAAUGGCUUGUGGCAGGCGCAGAGACCAGAGGAACUCCCCGAGCAGGUGCUUUGCUGUGUGCGGCUGAACAAGAUCGACUUCGUCAACCAUGGACAGAUACCAACCAUUGUAGCCAUCGAUGACGACGACUAA